AUUUGUUAUCUCGCCAUUGAACAGAAGGCUAUGAGUUUAUUUAUAUGGCAUGAGGUAGUCAGCUUAAUUCACUUCCAAGAGUAUUGUCUAAAUCUAAAGAAAAUUGGUAAUUAAACAAUGAAGAAUUUAGUAGUGUUAUUGAUGGUUAUUAUGAGUAGAUGUGUAGCCCAAGACCAAGAUUAUCCACCGUCGAAUGUGAGAAAGAAAGAGUUGGUUCCUGCUAUGUUUGUGUUUGGAGACUCUUUGAUUGACAAUGGAAACAAUAAUGAUCUUCCUUCUUUUGCGAAGGCUAAUUAUUUUCCAUAUGGUAUCGACUUUAAUGCUGGUCCUACUGGCCGUUUCUCUAAUGCCUACACCAUUGUUGAUAAAAUUGCGGAGUUAUUAGGUCUUCCAUUGAUACCAGCAUACUCACAAGCAACGGGAAAUCAAGUCCUUCAUGGUGUCAAUUAUGCCUCCGCUGCUGCUGGUAUUCUUGAUGUAACUGGCAGGAAUUUUGUAGGACGCAUCCCAUUUAAUCAACAAAUGAGCAACUUUGAGACGACACUGGACACAAUAACAGCCAGUCGUGGGGCAGAUGAUGUGAGUAGAAGCAUCGCACAAUGCUUGUUCUUUGUGGGAAUGGGCAGUAAUGAUUACCUUAACAAUUAUCUUAUGCCUAAUUAUCCUACUCGUAACCAAUAUAAUGCCCAGCAAUUUGCCAACCUCUUGGUUCAACAGUAUACCAUUCAGCUUACUAAAUUGUAUAAUCUGGGUGCACGAAAAUUUGCAAUAGCGGGAUUAGGAGCAAUGGGUUGCAUCCCAAGUAUAUUGGCACAAAGCCCUACAGGAAAAUGUUCGGAUUCUGUCAACGCCCUUGUACAACCUUUUAAUGCUAAUGUCAAGACCAUGAUCAACAAUCUCAACACCAAACUACCUGGUGCUAAAUUCAUUUACAUUGACAUUGCGAAUAUGUUCCGAGACAUCCUCACUCAUCCUGCCUCUUACGGAUUUAGAGUAAUUGAUCGAGGAUGUUGCGGAAUAGGGAGAAACCAAGGGCAAAUAACAUGCCUACCAUUUGAAACACCAUGCAUGAACAGAGAAGAGUAUGUUUUCUGGGAUGCAUUUCAUCCAACAUCGCACGUUAAUGUUAUCUUAGGGCAGAGGGCCUUUAAUGGCGGACCAGAUGUGGCAUACCCUAUGAACAUUCAGCAGCUUGCUGCUCUUGAUCUUGAACCAGAUAGCUAAACAAGUCCGAUCAUUGCUUAUGCUGUUAAAACUGUCUAACUUUGGCACUUAUAAUAUAUCUUAUGUUUAAGAAUUCACUAUGUGUCUUGUAAGUUUUCACUAAUUAGCUAGAGUACUCAAUUCUCAUUUUAUCUAAGUUAAUAUUUUCUUUGGAUAUUA